GCUCUCCAGUAGCCCACACCAGCAGUUUCUAUAUAACACGCCAUCAUGACAGGUAGGUGCCAGUUCAGUAGUCUGGACUGGGAACCAACGGUUCAUGCCCAUCCCGUGACGACGGGCCCCAUUUCACUGACGCCCCGCUCCGGGAAAACCGUCGACUCUGUCCGGGGUAAAAUGGGUAGCUUGUAUCAGAAAGCCAAGUCUCUCUUCACCACAACCAAUCUGGACCCGGCUAUUCUCGAGUGUCGCCAACAUGGCUACAUUUUACUGGGAAAGAAUUUGGGCUCAGGGUCUUACGCCAAGGUGAUACUUGCCGAGGUGACGGCUGGGGUUCUGAUGAACAACAAGGCUCUGGAGACCGACCUGCAGCGGGAGGGCCACGAUAAGGUUGCAGUCAAGAUUAUAUUGAAGGCAAAGGUGAACGUAAAGGAAGAAGAGUAUCUACGAAAGUUUGUACCUCGAGAAAUCACUGCGAUGAGGACGCUGUCAGCUCACGACAAUGUGAUUCGUCUUCAUGAUCAGUUUGACACAAGUGACCGGAGAUACCUCGUUCUGCAGUAUGCAUCUAAUGGAGACAUGCUGGGCUUCAUCAACAAGUGGCGGGUGGGGUGUCUGGUAGGCCUGCCCGAGUCUGUGGUCCGCAGGUUCCUUGGUCAGAUCCUGUGUGGUUUAAACUACUGCCACAAACAACACAUUGUCCACAGAGACCUGAAAUGUGAGAACAUCCUACUAGAUGGACAGUAUGUCGUGAAGAUAACAGACUUUGGGUUUGCAACCACACUGGAAAGGACAGACUGCUACUUGGAUGAUUCUGUUGAGUACCUGUACCUGUCGACUUUCUGUGGGUCUUAUGCGUACGCUGCCCCUGAGAUCAUCCGGGGACAGAAAUACCAAGGACAGCCAGCGGAUAUUUGGAGUGUUGGUGUGAUAUAUUACGCCAUGCUGUGUGGAGAACACCCCUACAAGGAUAGCUACUGUGGGAGGUCCCAUGGCUCUGCCUUGCUGAAAAAAAUGGAAAAGCCCAUCAAGUUCGGCCCAUUCACAACACCCGAUGCUAUGGACUUAGCGUACAACAUCUUGGAACAGGACUGGACCAAACGCCCACAUGCAGCACAAAUUCUUCAACACUCCUGGCUCCGAGGACAUGAUCAGCAGGAAGGGGAUAUCAUUUUAACACUGCAAAAUCACAGAAAGAAAAUAACGAUGCUGAGACGGAAGCAUCAGACCCAGCAGACCUUGCCGGACCAGACUGGUGACAUGCAGGUGAAGUCAGGACGGCGGCCGGUGAGGACUGGUUCCCCCCGCCGCCUGCUCACCGGACCGGACGGACGUCCCAGCGGGACACAUCGUUCUCCAGACUUACAUAGGAAGGAGACACCGAAUCCCCGUCCAUCCACAAGCUGCCAUCAACAUGACUAUCGACCACUGAGAGACAGGAAAACAGCAUCACCCAACAAAGUGGGCCAUUCCAUGCCAGGCAACUCAAGUUACUGUGACCACCAGAGGCCUGUCAGGGUCCAGACCAAGCGGCCCGCCUCCCAGCCUGCAGCAGACAGGGGACAUCAAACCUCGGUCAGGCGGCAGUCAGUUCCUGUGUCUUACAAACUGUCUGGUACAAGUGGAGUUAAAGCACGUUCUUAUCCAAAUGAUCCACGACGCACUCAAGGAACUGCCCAACCCUUUCAGUCUGUCAAUACUAGUACCAUGAUUGUAACAUUACCUGGAAACCAACAGCGUAGUAAUCGUCGAGGUAAGGCUAAUGCAACCAUCAAACAGCAAAACAAGGUCAAAGAUGCACAGAAAGGGUCUGUGAAAAUUCAACUUGGUUUUACCCCACACUGGAUCCCCAUUGUGGCUAAAACUACAGAAGCUACCAGGCUUGGUGCUGUCAGGGCAGCUGCUAACAGAGAUGCUGGUCUGGCACCAACAGCACUGUACACCACCCAGGCCCGGUACCUGCGGGGAAGGCUGCUGCCACCCCUGCACAGGGGAAAGCUGUGAACCCUGCAUCAUUGUAUUUUUUUUACAAUUUGCUACAGACAAUAUGUUUUCUGUGACAGAAAGUUGCCAUCAGUAAACACUGAGUUACAGUUUCAUGCUCUUGUUGUGCUGGAUGCUGUCUUAAGACAACCAUUAAAAGUUAC